AUGUUGGUCGCACACUCUACCACAACUCCCAACCUCUGCUCAGAGCACCGCAAGCAAACAGCACCUGCUCCUACACCAUCAGCCAUGUCAACUCGGCUGUUCAACAAGCUCGAUACUGUCCACCAAAUUGAAGAAGCCCACAUCCUCCAUCUCUCACGACAGGUUGAGAUUGGCAUGCAGUUAUUCCCCAAAGAAAACAUCAGACUGCACCCCGUUGCUGGCGGUGGCGUGUCUGCUCUCACAACUCCUCAGCUCGGCAAACAACUAAAUCGCACUCUUGGCCUAGGCAUGAAGGGCAUGGUCACCGAGGAUGAUCUCUCCAACAUUGAAGCCUUGCACGAAGAAGCAAGCCUCACACCAACCAUCCUGCUCUGCCCAUAUGCCGACCAGAGUGUGCUCCAAGCACUUGCCAUGCGCAACUACGUGGUCGACGGCUUCCUCAACAUCUACGCUCGUUCUCUACAUGAAAUCCACGUGGACUUUGAUCCAAACAUGGACGCACCUGCCGAACUUCCCUUUGGAUCCAACAUGCUUGUCUGCCGUGCUCCCGCCAACGAGGCAGGCAUGGGAGCCUUCAUCCACGCCUCAGUCGCUGGGUUCAAGGAUGACGGCCGAUCAGAUGAAGUUCUUCGCAGCUUAGCCGAAACAGCAGCAUUGAGAUCCGACACAAACCUUUACUUCGGCAAGAUUGAUGGUCAAAUUGCUGGUUGUGGAGCGAUGGCAUUGAUGGAGACCAAGUAUGGACGUGUCGCACAUCUCUAUAUCGACAGCACAACGCCAAACUUCCGCGGUCGUGGUGUCCAGCAAGCACUGAUCCGGGCUCGUCUCAUCGACGCAAAGCGCCUAGGCUACGAUUUCGCCACUAUCCACGCCCGCCCCGGUAUUGGAACAGGUCGCAACGCCGAGAAGGAAGGAUUCGGACUCGCGUUCACUAAGCCCAUCCUGACCAAGAAAACCAACUAA